GAUGAUUUUCGCUGUCGGCGAAGUCGGUGAAUCUCGUCAAAAAAGCGGCGGACCUCACGCUGAUGACAUGUACGAAACGUCACGUACGGGGUGCGUUCGGUGCGAAUAACAAACGAGUGGAUGACGAAGUGAACGGAGAACGAGCACGGAAACAUCGGGAGCAGAAUCAUCGUAUCCAUGUCCAGAAUGCUGUGCAGUCGUGACAUUUCGCACUCUGAAACAGUCCGGGAAGAACGUCGCGUUAAACUUACAAGUCGCAGUCCUAGCAGUUCGUCAUGAGACUUGGAUGACAAACGGCAUUGUCCGUAUCGAAGAACCGGGGAGGGCUAAACGAAGAUCAUCGGUGAGAUUUCUGCCAUCGUUUCUGCCGUUCGCUGGCUCGAUGGACAAAUGAUUAGGAUCCGAUUAAAGCAAAAUAGACUGGGUAUCAGGGUGUAAGUGAUGUGGACUAAUUUAGCUUGAACCUGAACUAAUUCAUUGAAGUGUUGAAAAGUUACAUUUAGCGUAACAUAAUAUCGUACGAUUAGGAUUAUUGAUUUCGAAGAUAAGUUUAAAGAGAUUGGUUUCGAAGAUAAAAGAAAUUAAAUGAUUGAUGAUCAGCGAGACGAAAAGGAAGUGUAAAGUGUGAUUUAUCGUCGAUCUGUGGUUAACAGACUUGAUUUCAAAAGACGUUUCACGAAACUUAAGAAACUCGAUUAAAGGUAUUCAGAAUAACCAGGUACUAAGAAUAGAAGUAGGUAAAAGAAGAAAAAAAUGACCUGAGAAAAAAACUUUUCUUUUGGUUUCUUUUAGAGAAUUAAUCUAUUUCUUUGGUUAGGUAAAAACUUUUAUUUGAAUAUCGGUGUUGGCCUUCAAGUUUAGGAUUCCAGCGAAAGCUUACAACAACAACUUUAAAAUUCUUUGCAGUUUGAAAACUUUCAAUCUUCAAGGUUUAGCAAGGUUUAGCAAGAAGACACCAUGUUGGAAUUUUAUCCUCCAGCGCCUGGUUCUUUUAAUCGUCAAAGCGAACCGGGCCAAUCCUUGCCGACGGUUCCAUCUAUUCCUUUUCGGCCCACAACUGAUAAUAAUAAUGCAGAGCCGUCCGUUUCCGUGAAGACGGAGUCUGGCCUCCUCGAGUCGAUCUGUGCCGGCUGCGGCCGCACCAUCGCCGACAAAUACGUGAUGAGAGUCGCCGAGAGGAAUUACCACGAGGAGUGCCUCUCGUGCACGGCAUGCGGCGCGAUGCUGUCGCAGUCAUGCUUCAUACGCGACCUCAAGCUUUACUGUCGCACCGACUACGAAAGGAUCUUCGGGGCAAAGUGCGCGCGGUGCAUGGAGAAGAUCAGCUGCUCGGAUUAUGUGAUGCGGCCGGUGUCCGGCCUGAUUUUCCACGUGGAGUGCUUCGCGUGUUGCAUGUGCGGUCAGCCGUUACCACGGGGCGCCCACUACAUCCUCAGACAGGGCCAGCCGAUCUGCAGACGAGACUUCGAGCACGAGCUGUUUCUAAAUAGUCCGCAAGGUUGUACUACAAUCUAAAGACAUCCAAAGUAAAAAUCUACAGGAAUUUCGAAACAGGGCUGUUCCUUUUCAAGGUAAUUACAUUUAAAUCAAGUGUAAAUAAUCGAAAGCGAGUGACGUUCGCGGCAUCCCGAGGUAGAUAUCGUUGAAUUCGCCAAUCCUUUCUCGCAUAAUUCGCAAAAUACCGUGAAAAUAUUUUAGCACCAAAAAAAAUGGAAUUUAUUUCAUGGCGUUUAUCCGACCGAUAUCUCGACAUAAAUUUAUGACACGCAUUUCGAGACAUUUCAUGUGUUAUCAGUGACGAUAGAAAAUGAUAAAA